CCGAAAAACACCACACCAUGUUUCGGACAAGAGUGCUGCGGUUCGCCGCGACUGCGUGCAGGGCCGCCGAGAACAUUUCGCAGAUUGAGGCCGCGCAGCAGUAUGCCAUCGGCGUCUCCAAGGCCCAGGGCAUCCAGCGCGGCUUCGUCGACGCAAUUGGCAAGACGCCGCUCAUCCGCCUGAAGAAACUCUCCGAGGAGACUGGCUGCGAGGUUCUCGGCAAGGCCGAGUUUCAAAACCCCGGUGGUUCGGUCAAGGACCGCGCCGCCCUCUACGUCGUUGAGAAUGCCGAGAAGUUGGGCCUGCUCAAGCCCGGCGGCACCGUCAUCGAGGGCACCGCCGGAAACACGGGCAUUGGCCUUGCCCACGUCUGCCGUGCCAAGGGCUACAAGCUGGUCAUCUACAUGCCCAACACCCAGUCGCAAGGCAAAAUCGAUCUGCUGAGGCUGUUGGGUGCCGAGGUCUACCCUGUGCCCGCCGUCGCCUUCGACAACCCGCAGAACUACAACCACCAGGCCAAGAGGCACGCCGAGAGCAUGGACAACGCCGUGUGGACCAACCAGUUUGACAACAUUGCCAACCGUCAGGCCCACAUUGAGACGACCGGCCCGGAGAUCUGGUACCAGACCCAGGGCAAGCUCGACGCUUUCACUUGCGCCACGGGUACCGGAGGCACUCUUGCCGGCAUUACCAGGUACCUGAAGGAGAAGUCGGAUGGACGCGUCAAGUCGUUCCUGGCUGACCCGCCCGGAUCCGUCCUGCACUCGUACAUCCAGAGCGGUGGAAAGCUGACGGACCGCUCUGGCGGCUCCAUCACCGAAGGCAUUGGUCAGGGCCGCGUCACGGAAAACCUGAAGCCUGACAUUGGCCUUCUCGAUGGUUCCCUGCAUAUCAGCGACGAGAAGACGAUUGCCAUGGUCUACAGGUGCUUGGACGAGGAAGGCCUCUACCUUGGCGCCAGCUCUUGCCUGAACGUUGUUGCCGCCAAGGAAGUCGCCGAGAAGCUCGGAAGGGGCCACACCGUUGUCACUAUUCUUUGCGAUGGCGCCUACAGAUACGCUGAACGUUUGUUCUCCAAGAAGUGGCUCGAGUCUAAGAACCUCAGUGACGCCGUCCCUGAGCACCUGAGAAAGUACACUGUUCUGCCUUAAAGAGACGGAACCAUCUAGAUGCCCUACGAGGCUUUCAUGUAGAUAAACUUGAAAGAUGCAUUGUACGUUACUUGGCGCCUUCCUGAUCUACCUUAUGUUGCACUUUCCAUAUUCCCCAAUUGGAUCCAAGAUGUUCUUUCUGUUUGCUGUCCUCCAUAUUAUUUCCAACGUCAUUUGGUUAGACACUUCAACCAACCCAUUGUCAAAUAUUUACUCAGCAAUUAUUGCUUUGCCAUCGUUAUCAACGC